CGUUGAACAUGACCCAUGUCUUUAAAAUGAGCAAGCUGCGAUCACUUCUGUUUUCCCUCGACGCUUCCAAGUUUUCGAAUCGAAACUACGGACCUACGGUUAGCAACUGAGGUGCGGCGUCAUCAACUACCCAAGAUCCACUGCCUAGCAUGGACGGGCAUAGCUCUGAAGAUUCAAAGCAAAGCACUGCUGAUAUGACUGUUUUUGUGCAAAGUCUUCUUCAACAAAUGCAAUCUAGGUUUCAAAUAAUGUCUGAUUCCAUUAUCACAAAGAUUGAUGAAAUGGGAAACCGUGUAAAUGAGCUGGAGCAGAGCAUUAAUGACCUAAAAGCAGAGAUGGGAGUGGAGGGCUCUCCAUCCCCAUUAGCCCCAUCGAACCAAAAGUCGGAUGAAGCAAAGCAAGAGGAAGGCUCAGCAUAAAGCUUGGCCCCAAGGGUGUUUUUAACAGUUGGCUAUAAAUUAUGAUUGUAAUUUGGUGAUAUGUUGUUUUAUUUGAGAUUACUUUUGGCCAGAGACCAGGGACAUUACUGAGUGUCCCUUUUUUUAUCCCCCUUUUUUAUUUGUAUCAAGUAUUUCUUCUCUGUAGUGGGAUAAACAAUUAUCUGCUUUUAACACCAGUAGAGGAAAUUAAUGAUAUGAGUGGCUUGUUCA